GGUAGGGGUAGACUGUUAUAUCACUUCCUGAAGGCGAUGUCAAAUUUAUUUUUACUAUAAAAACUUCAAACAUCCUUAAUGAAAAUCACAUCUACUCUGGAUUGUCAAAUUAAAACAAAAUAAAUAUGAAGAUCACAAUUUUCGUCACUGUCGCUUUGACCGCCGUCGUCGGAAUGGUCUUUGCUGACGACAGAUUCAAUAACUGGAACAACAACAAUGGAUGGGGAAAUGACAACAAUGGAUGGGGAAAUGAUGACGGAUUCAGCGGUGCAUCGUUCGGUGGCGCUUCAUUUGGCGGUGCUUCAGUUGGCGGUAUGGGACAUAUCAGCGGAGGUAUCGGCAGUGGAUACGGUCCUAGCUACGGUGCUGGAUACGGCAGUGGAUACGGUGCUGGAUACGGCUCUAGUUACGGCAUGGGCUACGGAUCUAGCCACGGCAAAGGAAUGGCACAGGCUGCAUACAUUCCAGUCCCAGCUGCACCAAAGGCCGCCGGAGGUCUUGGAAUGUCCAUCUUGCCCCUGUUCUUCUUGUUGUUCCUUCUCCCACAAUUGUUCAACACCAGCGCCAACCAAGACCAGAUUAUUCUCCUCAACUCAACAGUUUCUGGAAAAUAAGCUAUAAUAUAGUUCUCUCCAGUCUAUGUUAUGUUAUGAGAUGGUCCUUCUAUUGAUACACAGUCUAGUUAUAUUUUGAUGUUCCCACUAUCACCACACAGCCUAGAUGCAUUUUGAUCAGACAGCAACAGUUCUACUAAUAUGUACAUGUUAUUUAUUAUUGUUAUGUUAGACAGAAAAUAAAACAAAUACAAACAAAUAUAA